AUGGUUUUCUCGGUUUUGAUUGCGUUCACUAGUAUGGUUAUGGCUAUGCCGAACUUUCCUUUGUUUUAUAUUACAAUGCUGAAACUGCCUGAAGACAAGUGUGGUGGUACUUGCAAAGUUGGUCCGCAUGCUAUUGGAUGCAGCAGUGAAUGCUAUUGCUCCGUUGAAUGGGCAGGAUAUGGAUCUUGUAAAAAUAAAUAA